GCCUCACCAAUUCGCCAUGGCUCAAGCACAAUCUGAUACCAAACGUAGCGGCGGCCCAGAGGAAGGAGAGAGCCUCACGUCCACGCUUCCUAUGAGGGAAGGAUGGUGGAGACCGUUCUUCCUCGUCCAAGGCUGCUGGCUCACACCCCAAGCCGCGAAGAGUGUGGAGCUUGUGCAAGCCCAGUUCCAGCCACGAUCCGACGACAUCAUCCUCGCCACGUUCCCAAAGUGCGGCACCACAUGGCUGAAGGCACUGGCCUUCACUAUCGCCAACCGCUCUCGGCAUACCGUCACAAGCCACGGCCACCCGCUGCUCACCAACCACCCUCAGGACCUCGUGCCUUUCCUUGAGAUUCAUGGCCGUGCCCUUCACCCUGUUGAAGAGCUUGAGGCGCUGCCCUCCCCAAGGCUACUCAGCACACACCUUCCAUACGCGUUGCUGCCCUCAAACACGUCGGCCCUCGGCUGCCGGGUGGUGUACCUGUGCCGGGAGCCCAAGGACGUACUCGUGUCCACAUGGCACUACAUUAACAAAGUGCGUCGGGACUUCUUCAUAGAGCUUGAUAAGGCCUUUGAGUUUUUCUGUGAGGGGGUCUCGCUUUACGGGCCUAUUUGGGAGCACUAUCUAGGGUACUGGAAGCAAAGCAUGAUAGAGCCCAACAGGAUUCUUUUCUUAAAGUAUGAUGAGCUGAUGGCUGACCCUUCCAAGCAUGUCAAGAUGCUCGCCGAGUUCCUCCGUGUUCCAUUCACCGAUGUGGAGGUGAAUACUGGAGUCGUGGAGGAGGUGGUGAGGCUGUGUAGCUUCGAAAACCUCAAGGGAGUGACUGAUCGGAUUGGUGGGUUGCCGAUGGAGAAUUCUUCAUUUUUCAGAUCCGCAAAAGUUGGGGACUAGACGAACCACUUGACCGAAGAGAUGGCACAGAAGCUGGACAACAUCAUUGAGGAGAAACUAGAAGGAUCUGGCCUCACCUUUUAACAUUU